AUGCCCCGUGUCCUUCUUCAUGGCCUGGGCUGGCAUGGCACUCAGACAGCAAGCAUGUUGGAUCAAUCAACACCUGGCUGGCUGUCUUCAGCAGGCAACCUGUCAAGUGUGAGCGGUGCCACAACCAUUAUUGGAGGAGCCGGUAUGAUCCUUGGAACCUUGGAGGAUGCCAUGAUCUCCGCCGCUACCUACAUACGCUGUAACGAAAAUACAGUCCGGACGUUUGCAAAUAACUCGAAUGGAGUUAUCCCAAGCGAAGAACGGAGAGGGAGGAGGUUCAAUGUUGCAAAAAUCGCCUCUUGCAUAGACCAAUUACAGCAUACCAUAUCAACUUGUAAACUUCGACUCGGUGCGGGGACUGCACAUAUCGCAUUUCCAUGCUGA